AUGCCCUCGAGAUCUUACCCUCUAAUAAGCCAUGAAUUCAACUUACAUUUGCAUACACUAAACUCCGAAAACGAACCCACCACCACUUCUUCUUCUUCAUCUCUAUCGUCAAUCGCCAAAAAACUACACAAUCUUGAAAGUUUAUACGAUUGUGUCGAUAACUUACUCCUUUUGCCACAUACAAAUCAAAUUUUCACCCGACAAAGGCAUGAAAAAUGGGUCGAACAAAUCUUGGACGGUUAUCUCGGCCUAGUGGACGCUUGUGCCACGGCUAAAGAUUUCAUCUCCCAAUCGAAAGAAUACAUUUCGAACCUCCUUUCGGUCCUCAGGCGCAAGCGAGGCUCGGAAGAUCUUACCGAGUUCAUCUCCUCAAGAAAGACGAUCAAGAAGCAAAUCCAAAAAUCGCUGAGAAAAAUCGAGAGCUAUAAAAAGAACUCCUCUGUUUUAAAAACAGGGGAGAAGGAUCAAGAAACUAUUGCAAUCAUCAGCGUGUUGAGGGAGGCCGAGUCGAUAACUUUAGACUUGAUCGAGGAGCUUUUGUCGAGCGUUUCUCGUUCGAAAGACGGUUUGAGGAUAAGUAAAUGGUCCCUAGUUUCGAAGGUUAUGGGGUCGAGAAAAGUCUUGUGCCACGAGCAUAAGAGCUCGAUGCUCGAGUUCGAAGAUUUGGAUGCUUGGUUGAGUAGAUUUGUUAGUAAAUGCGAGACGGGCUCAAAAAUCGAGGAGUUGAAGCAGCAGUUGAGGGAGAUGGAGUUAGUUAUUACAGUGAUUGAAGAGAAAUUGGAGUGUUUGUUCAAACGUUUGAUUAAAUCAAGAGUUUCACUUCUCAACAUGCAGAGCCAACUGUAG